UAUAUUGUUUUCUUUUACAGAAACCAAAGCCAAAAAUCUCGGCAUCUCGCAGGCUGUUCUUGAAGACCAAACUGCUAAAGAAGGCCAUGACCAUGCUGGACCAAGAAAAGCAAGUCAGAAAAGACGAACGAGCGCGAACCCUCGCUGAGAGAUGCCCAGAACUCCAAAUGUCAGGCCUGUCUUUGCAGGAUCUACAGACUCUUUGCAAGGAGCUUCACCAGAAAAUCGAUGUGGUAGAUGAAGAGCGAUAUGACAUUGAUUCGAAAGUGAUGAAAAAUACCAGGGAGAUACAGGACCUGACUCAGAAGAUCUUUGAGUUGAAGGGCAAGAUGAAGAGACCGGCUCUGAAGAGGGUAAGGGUGUCUGCUGACGCCAUGUUGGGAGCUCUGCUGGGCGCUAAGGUCAAAGAGUCUGUCGACUUCAAGGCUAACCUCAAGACUGUGAAGAAAGAGGAGGAGAAGAAAGAGGAAGUGACCGACUGGCGUAAGAACGUGGAUGCCAUGUCUGGUAUGGAGGGCAGAAAGAAGCUGUUUGAUGCUGGGCAGUAGAUUUCAUGGUGAAUUUCUUCUGUGGAGAUGUUUUGCUGCUCUGCAACAGGUGGAAACACUGAAUCAUGUGACUGCUGUUCACUUUAUAAAGACAGUGAAUGAAGUGAAGAUCAGGGUAAUUAAUACAUUUUGGCACAGUUCCAAGUGUCUGUAUUAAGUGGCAGGUGUUUAACUUUGCAUUAAUUUAUAUAAUACAUAUAGUUUUUUACAUAAUGUAUGAUGUAUUAUGAAAAACAUAUGUAUAUAUUACAGCACUGUAUUGCUGUUGUAGUUUCUGGCAUGCAUAUGAUUCAUAAACACAGCACCACUUCUGGCUGUCCAGGUCACUUGUAGUAUUGUUACUGGCUUGCUUUUUGACCUCUGCUAUAUGCAAUAAUAAUAGAUAACAACAUAAAACAACAUUUCUGUGUAUUCUUGUGUUUUUCAAGACAAGAAAGUGGCUGUUGGAUCAAAUGAAUACACAUUCAAAGGGCAGCUGAUAUUGGCAAUCAAGUGUUCAUGGAGUCACACAAACUGAGGAUCGGUGAAAAUGAAUGUGGCAAUAAAUUUUAGACAUUAUGUCGAGGGGAGACGGUUUAAUGAAUAAAAAGGAAAGCACUGUUUACAGCACUGUUUAAGCAUUUAUGUACUUGUAUAAAUCACGUCAUCAUCUGAUGGUAUAAAUCAUCAUAGUCAUGUCUGUAAGUGAAGAUUUUGCCAUGCCUUUGUCCAUUGGUAGCCCCCACUGUAAGAUGCCUGGUGUAUAAGAUUAUUGUGGACAAAUGUAGGUACCUGGGUGCAUUGGUUGUUGAUGUUCUGGGACGCCAUGUCAACUUCAGCCUGUAAUAUGUAUUGUCUGUUUUUAAAACACACUUCUGUAUUCACAGGAAAUGUACAGUUUGCAUACAGUCUCUUCCAAAAUAA